GGUAACACUGACAAAAUUAUAUUUCGCAAGAUGCGGUGUAAUUUGAUUUCAACGGCCUUAAACGUUCUAAAUAUUACUAAAAAUGGCAAGAUAUUCCUUAUUAACUCACGAAAUUUGUCCGGCGCUCCUGAAAUAUCUACCAGAGUAGAACAGACAUUACGUUCACUUCCAGCGGACUCAGGUGGCAAGAGCAAACCCGAGCGGUCGCUCCACAUCGCAGUGAUUGGGGUUCCAAACGUGGGCAAAAGCACUUUUAUUAACCAUAUAGUAAAUCAUAAGGUGUGCCCUACGUCCACUAAGGUCCAUACGACUCGCCAAUCGAAUACUGCUAUCUGCACUCAUGGUCAAACGCAGCUCGUCUUUUACGACACGCCCGGCCUGGUGACCCAGCGGGAAAUCCGAAAACACCAUCUGGAGCAGAGCUUUAAGAGUGCGUAUCGGCACGCAAUUCAGCACGCCGAUGUCAUUGCGGUAAUACACGACGCUUCCAAUGGGUGGACAAGGAAGGAGCUACAUCCUACGGUUCUAGAUACGCUAAAGGCCUACGCGAACUUACCAAGCUUUCUCGUUUUAAACAAAAUAGAUGCUUUAAAGUCGAAAAGGGUGCUUCUGGAUUUGAUAAAGACGUUAACCAAUAAUUCACUAACGGGAAAGGGGUCUGGUAAAGAUGCAGAACGGAAUACGCCAGCAACCGUAGCCGAAGAAACGCGGCUUAACAAGCGGAACACCACCUGGAGCCAUUUUAGCGACGUUUUUCUCGUUUCGGCCAUCACAGGUAGUGGCUUGCACGAACUGCAAGAUUACCUGGUGGGGCAGGCACUGCUAAGGAAGUGGAAAUUCCCUCCUGACGUCUACACAGAUUCUAACCCCGAAGCGCUCAUUGUGGAAAGCGUCCGAGCUCGGCUUUUGGACUACUUGCCCCAGGAAAUUCCCUAUCACCUAAAGUGCCAACUUGAGUACUAUAACGUGGAGAAAAAUGUUGUAUACACCUCCGUUCAGGUGGAAUGUCCGACAUCCCGCAUUGAGCGCCUGAUUUGUGGCGAGUCUAACGGAAAGUUGCGUCAAAUCACAGAGCGAGUUACCUCUGAUUUGGUGGAAAUGUUUGGCCAGGCGGUUUCACUUACAAUUGCAACAUUUUCCAAGGGGAAAAAAUCGGCGUCCUUAAAUCAAAAAUAAUCAGUUUGUUAAUUAAUUAUUGUUUUAAUUGUUGUAUAAUGUAAACUAUGAAUUCACAAAAGUUUUAAGUGUGCCACCA